GAACGCACCAGAUGAAGGCUUUACUGAGCAUGCGUCGGAAAUGCUAACAGCUCUAGUUAGCUUCCUGCCGUUGGUAACGGACGCCUCUUGUUUGUCUUAAUAGUAAUUUAACUUUAAUACAACUGUGAUUAAACUGUGAGUGUCUGAGCGGCUGCGACGCCUCGUUGUUUGCAGUUAAAAUUAGAUUUGAAAACAAGCUAACAGCAGUUAGCCUAUCGUUGUUUUUAGCCUGUAUGAUGGGGCUCGUUGAGCUAGCAUAAGUUACAGUUCAGCUACAAGCUAACAGCUGCAGAGUUGAAAUUUGUGCAGCAGAACUUGAAAACGUUCAAUCGAUGAUCAAUAUGUGUGACAGCACUACCCCUGUGCUGUGCGUCAGGCCAAUCGGAGGAUGAUAAAGUUUGUGCUGAUGGUGAACCGGCAGGGUCAGACCAGGCUGUCCAGGUAUUACCAGCCCGUGGAGCUGAGCAGGAGAGCGGUGCUGGAGGCCGACGUGGUCCGCUGCUGCCUGAGCCGCAAGAAAGACCAGUGCUCCUUUGUGGAGUACAAAGACUUUAAACUGGUUUACCGUCAGUACGCUGCGCUGUACAUCGUGGUCGGAGUCACAGACAGCGAGCAGGAACCAAUGGGCUCGCAGCUGAGAGCCGCAGACAGGAAGUCAGACGGUGCUGAGAGACGGACCGACGUGUUGCUGAACGAGCUGUCCGUCUACGAGCUGGUUCAUAACUUUGUGGAGGUUUUGGAUAAAUACUUCAGCCGAGUGAGUGAACUGGAUAUCAUGUUCAACCUGGACCGAGUCCACAUCAUCCUGGACGAGAUGAUCCAGAACGGACACAUCGUGGAGACAAACAAGAGCCGCAUCCUCGCGCCUCUCACCGCCCUCGACAAGAUGGCCGACGGCUGACACUCAAAAACCUACAGGAAGUGAUGUCACAGACUGUUUUCCAGGCUGACAUCAGCAGGUGGACAUUAACGGACUCGACUGUCAACUGAAGGCAAUCGAACCUGCAACCUUGUGAUGAUUCAGUUUGUAUUCAGAUUCAGUGUAAAAAUGGUGCCGACGUUGUUCUAAUGUCAAUAAAUCAACAUGAACGCCAAUUAGCAUGCUAAUUAGCAUAGCAUAGUAACAGUAACCAGCCUGUUAUUGGUCUCUGUGAUUCAGCAGGUUGAUUUUCAGUGAAAUCUGCUGCUUUUUGACCCCAAACCACAGAUGGAUUAAAGGGUCAGUUCACCUAAAUAAAAUAAGUCAAAUGUAUAUAAUCAGGUAAGUCAUAUUGACAGUAAGAUCUUAUUUUCAUGCGAGAGGCCUGAGAACAUAAAAACAUGACCUAAAUAAGAGUU